AAUUACAAGAGAGAUAUUCCCAUAUGUUAGAGAAAUUUUCCAUGGCAAAAGGAGCUAAAUGUCUCACAGAUAAGAGAUAAAUUGGAAUAAACAGCUGUCAGUGUUAAAUAAAUAUCCUGGAUAAUGUGCAGGACAGAAAUAACUACAGCAUCAUCAAACUCCUUUCUUCACUUUAUUUAGCUGUUCUUGCAUGUAGCUCCCAAGCUUUCCACUGCUCCAGUUAGCGAAGCAUUUAUUUUUGAGUCAGCUGCAUUUCUUAAGACUGUAACAACGAGAGGCAUUUCCUGAGAAACUGCAAGGAUGAGCAGCAAGAAAGAACAACAGCUAAGGAAAUAUGGGACCCUUGUAGUGUUUUUUAUCUUGCAAGUCCAGAUUUUUGGUUUUGAUGUUGAUAAUCGACCUACAACAGAUGUCUGCUCAACACACACAAUUUUACCUGGACCAAAAGGGGAUGAAGGGGAAAAGGGAGACAGAGGAGAAGUAGGCAAACAAGGAAAGGUUGGACCAAAAGGAUCAAAAGGAAACAAAGGACCAGUGGGCGAUGUUGGUGACCAGGGAAUGCUUGGUAAAAUUGGUCCAAUUGGUGGAAAGGGUGACAAAGGAGCCAAAGGCUUACCAGGGAUUUCAGGAAAAAAAGGAAAAGCAGGCACGGUCUGUGACUGUGGAAGAUACCGCAGAUUUGUUGGACAACUGAAUAUCAAUGUUGCUCGUCUUAACACAUCCAUCAAGUUUGUGAAGAAUGUUAUAGCAGGUAUCAGGGAGACAGAUGAGAAAUUCUAUUACAUUGUGAAAGAAGAGAAGAAUUACAGAGAAGCCUUGAUCCACUGCAGGGACAGAGGAGGAUCACUGGCCAUGCCUAAGGAUGAGGCAACCAAUGCCCUGAUUGCUGACUACAUCUCCAACAGUGGCCUGUUCCGAGCCUUCAUUGGGCUGAACGACAUGGAAAGAGAAGGACAGUUUGUGUAUGCAGACAACAGCCCACUGCAGAACUACAGUAACUGGAAGCAAGGGGAGCCUCAUGACCCAGCUGGCCACGAGGACUGUGUGGAAAUGCUCAGCACAGGAGAGUGGAACGACUCUGAGUGCCAAGUCACCAUCUACUUCGUCUGUGAAUUCCUCAAGAAGAGGAAAUAAAAGUGCCAGAGAAUGUGCCUGGCACCUGCUGUACAUACGAUAACCCAUCCUCAUUCAUUUACAGUAGGGAAAUCAAACCAGGGGUAGGAAACCAGGGACAGGGCUCAAGCCAGCCUUCACAUCACUGGGCUAAUACUGUUUAGUCAUCAGUGAUCUUCAAGUCAGCACAGAGGGCCUCCAGCCAUCUGCAAAUUUUAAUUUCAUUUCUACACGCAUUUUAGGUUUUGCAUUUCUAUGUGUAAUUUAGGGGUACAUUUAGAGCAUGCAGAAGUGAAUAUAAUUUCACUAGUUCCACAAAUAGUAAGAUCAUUGGUAUAUGAAGUACUGAUGUGAUUUGCGAAGUCCACAGAUGCAAAGAGCAUGCAAAUCUCUGACUUGCCCAGGGAGUCCCAGUAAUCUCCCUAAUUACUUCAGAGCUCAGAGAAAAGAUUUUAAGUAUCUCUUGAAAAAUUCCUUCUUUUGUUAGAAUCAUAUUUUGAGGUGGAAGGUAUCUCUGGAGGUCAUUUGCAAAAUAGGACCAACUUCAAACUUAGAAGUUGUUAUAGUCUCCUUAAUUUGGCUGUGCAAUUAUAUUGCCUGAUAGGCAUUUAUCUGGUCUUCUGUAAAGCCUUUGACAUGAUCCUCUACAAUAACAUUCUUUUUAAAUGGGACAGAUGGAUUCAAUGAGUGGACUGUUAGAUGGAUAAAGAAUUGAUUAGAUGGUUGCAUCCA